AUGCUAAGACUAACCGUCUUCCUUCUGCUGUUGCCUUUUGCCUCUGGUGAUUUCAUAUUCCGUUAUACGAAUGCCUACACCUACCCACUUAGCAGUCCAUAUCUCAAUUAUUCGGUGGGCAAAGACCCGGAGUCCGUGCGUGUUCAACUGGACCUGAAUCGACCCUACUCUCUUGUUUUUAAUGAGAGAUGUGCAUCACGAUCUAUUUGCGAUGCUUAUAAACAUUUUUAUGCUUAUAAUGAGAAAAGAACCGGCGGUAAAGUCACCAACAGGCAAUUCAACGACGCCUAUUAUGACAUCGCGAAUCUUCAAGGGAAAUUCUACGAAGACACCUUGAAGCUUGGCAAUUUGGCUCUGCCCUUUGAGAUUGGAGUUGUGGAUGAAGGAAAUAAAAACGCGGGCUUCGAUUGGGAUGGGGUACUUGGCCUCGGCAUCGGUGAAGAUGACAGCAAGAGCAGCGUUGUUAAACACAUCAUGAGAAGAUUGAGCGUUCAGGAAAUACUUUGGCAAGAAGGGCUGGUUGCGAUAACCAAAGUAAGUACAUAUUGGAAUGCUGGUUCAAGACCAGCCUUUCAAUAACACAUUAGUUAUGCAAUCACUACCUUAUUCAUGCGAUGAUUUAGCCCAUGCUCCAGUAAAACCGCCAAAUUUCCGAAAAAUUGUUGACAAAAACGAUCCUACUGUGUAAAAUCAUGCGAAAUGAUAGAUACCGUUCGAAAAUAGGCGAAGUCUGAAACAUUUUUCUGAGAUUUGUCAUUUGGAAACUCUGCUUUUUUCUUAUUUACUUGAGUUUUUUUCUUAAUUUUAGCUUUUACAAAUAUUUUUCAAAAUCAAGUUUGAGAUACUCUGAGUAACAUUUAAUCUUCAAUUGUUAGCCUGGAAAAGAUCGGUUUAAACCUUCGAACGGAACUGUUGCUUUUGGACGGUACACGGAACGGAAAUGUGGUGCGUUUAAGUGGUAUAACACCAAGGAUAACAAACAUUGGCAUAUUAUGGCCGAGUAAGUAGAAAGCCAUCAAAAUCAGCUGAGUAAUCCUUGUUUCAGUGUUGUUAUCGACAGCACAACCUACAGUAAUAAAACAAUUGCGUUCUUCCCUGGACAGAACUCUCGACUUCCGUCUGCCAUAAAGGCAAAACACAUUCCAUCAUAUAGAGAAUGGGAUGACGCAGACUUCCCGGACAUCAGUUUCGUAAAAAAUGGAGAUACUUACACUUUCACGAGAGAGACUUAUGCCCAUUUCGUCAAUGUAAGUCUAUAAACGGAAACCCGAAUUUCUUCAGAGACAUUUCAUGCCCCUCCUGGACAAUUCACGCGGCGAUUACGACUUCGGCUUCGGGAGCAGUUUACUGCAGGACUACUGUCUUAAGAUCAGAGCUGACAGUGGAUUCAACAGGCUUCAGAUCGGGCUGGCUAAACAAUUGUGA